UCAAGUGACAACAAAUUCAACAAUCGUGGAGCCGAGUUUCAAAACUUUCUUUGUGAUUUUAAAUUGUUUUUACGUAAAAUUUACUGCAGUUUUGGAAUAAAUUUACAUCAAUGGCCGAUCACGAUGACUACGAAGACAAACAAUUCCCAGACAACGAUGAAUUUGUACCGUAUGUGACCGGCAGCAACUUAGCACAACGAAAUGGCGCCAAAGUUACUAUUUGGGGAAAAAUCGUAAAAGUAUCAUCAAGCGAAGGAUUUACGAUUAAAACUGUGGAUGACCAGGAAGUGCUUGUGAGGUUGAAAAGCCCUAUCAAUGAACCGCUCGAAGGCUGGUAUGAAAUACACGGUAUGUCCCAAGGAAAGUCUAUACUUUGCGACGAAUAUGUGCCAUUUUCUGAGGAGAUGACGAAAAAUGUUGAUACAGAAGGUCACAAAGCUUUUGCAAAGCUACUAUCAGCCCUUGAUGAUCCUUGGAAUCUCGGUGAAGACAGCACAAAUAUGGGAGGCAUAGAGCGUAUGGAGUAAUGUUAAUCAAACUACUUUUAGUUUUAAGUGUUUAUUUUGGAAUACAAACUGUGAUUUAUA